AUGUCUAGCCGCAUCCAUUUUGCAGAGCCGAUCGCGAAGAAAACGGAUACCAGGCCAACCCGGAGGGACACGAGGGAUAAUACAGCGGGGGAAGAAAAGGGGUCGACGCAAAGACCACUUUCUCCCGGGAGUGAAAUCGUUUAUCUUACAGGAUGGAGACUUGUCCUGACUACAACAGGACUUUUGAUUGGAUUCUUUCUAUCCAAUUUAGAUGUAACAAUUGUGAGCGCGUCUCUCACGAAUAUCACGGAUAGCCUAGACGGCUUUGAAAAGCGAAGCUGGAUUGUCACUGGAUAUUUGGCCACUUAUACAGGGUUUAUGGCAAUAUGGACUAAAGCCAGUGACAUAGUCGGGCGAAAACACACCACGCUUGCUGCUCUGGUCAUUCUGCUCGCAUUCUCGAUCGGAUGCGGGUGUGCGCAGACAGUCAACCAACUGAUAAUAUUCCGGGCCCUUCAAGGUAUAGGUGGUGCCGGUACAUACGCACUUGCAAUCCUGUGCAUCUACGAGAUAGCUCCUAAAACGAAACUCCCGACGUACAGCGGCCUCAUGUCAUGUUGCCUUGCUUUUGCUUGCCUUCUCGGUCCAAUUAUCGGAGGCGCCUUAGCGGAGAACUCAGCCUGGAGAUGGGUUUUUCUUAUCAACGCUCCAGUGUGUGCUAUUGCCAUCGUUAUUCUACUUGUUGCGAUGCCUAAAAAUUUUGGCCUCGAUCAACACACACCGUCUUUCAGAACGCGGGCAUCAUACCGUUCAUUCGCUAAUCUUGACCUAGUGGGGUCGGUCCUCAUGAUAGUUGGUUCGUUUUUGAUUGUCACCGUCUUAAAUGAAACCAAUCUCGCAUUUUCAUGGUCGUCGGGAGGCGCGAUUGCGCUUCUUGUACUGGCUGGGGUUUCGUGGAUUGCUUUCUUUGCCUGGGAGUGGUAUAUCUCGGACAUCCCAGGGAAAGAUCCAAUUUUUCCUAAGCGAUGGCUCUUUGAUCGCCCCUGGAUGGGCAUUCUCAUUACCUCAUUUGUUACAGGUGCACCAUUCAACGUUGUUUUGGUUUAUGUUCCACAGCAAGCCCAACUACUCUGGGACAAAUCGCCUCUCGAUUCAGGUAUCUAUCUGAUUGGAUAUUCUGCUGUUGCGGCUAUUGCGGCUGUUAUUAUCAAUUUCGUCAGCUCUAGGGGCCGCAUACCGUUCAUUUAUUCUCUUCUCGUCGGCUGUGUGAUCCAUACAGUAGGUAUUGGACUUCUCUCAACUAUCGCUACUUCAAGGGCCUUCCACGCCACAGAUAUUGGUUAUGGAGUUAUUGCCGGUGUGGGGAUGGGAUUGAUUCUGGGCACCUUGAUGCUAUCCACACCAUAUAUAGUUGAGGACAGAGACCUCGCAAUUGCCACUGGUACUGUGGUUCAGCUCCGAUUUUUAGGCGGUGCUAUCGGUCUCGCUAUUGCCUCAAAUAUCCUCAAUGGCCGUCUGUCGAAUCAUCUGCAAGGUGUUCUAUCACCGCACCAACUGCACCUUUUCCUUGAGAACGCGAAGUCUAUAACGUUUCUGUCUCCUCAUCUCCAGGAUGAGGUAAAUGCUGUUUUUGCCGAUGGUUACGCUACGCAGCUGAGGGCCAUGAUUGGAUUCGCAGCUGCUCAGCUACCUGCAACUCUACUAUUGAUCAAGUUUGGCCGGCCACAGCUUGCGGCCGACAAGGUACACUCAGGAUAA